AUAUUUAUCACAGAAUCAUUCCAAACAAAGAUCCUGAACCCGGAUCUGAGCGAUGCGGAGAAGGAGUCGUUGCACCGGCAGGCGUGCGACAUAUACAAGCUGUACAUCUCGGAGGCCAGCGCGAGCCGCGUGCCGCUGCAGCGCGCGCUCGCCGACGAGCUGCGGGACUUGUUGAACACCAGCGAUAGUAUUAAACGAUUACAGACAAGCAGAGCUUUAUAUCAAGCUGCUAGGCAGUCGCAUGCUGUGUUAGAAAAAAUUAUGUUGCCAAGAUUUUUACAUAGUGAAGAGUUUUAUAAAUUAUUAAUAGGAAGCAGAGUGCCAACUGGUUAUCAAAAGAAUUUGGCUAAAAAGCCACAUGAAAGACUAAUGCAGUCGGCGCUAAAACUAGGAAAUAAGUUAAAAGGUGCUCUGAAAUCGACCACGAUAGACGGUCAAGUGUUGGAUUGUUUUGCGAAUAUCGAUGAAGCUGAAGUGGACGGAGUCGACAAUGUUGAUAUAUUAAAGUAUUUAGACAGUAUAGCGGCGGAUGAGCUGCGUGGAGACGAUUUGAGCAAUUAUAAAGUUGUAUUGACUAACGUUGAGACGAGAUUGCAAGCCCCGCCGCGGCGCGGCACGGUGCGCGUGUUCUCGCUGGCGGUGCACCGCGCGGGCGCGGCGGGCGCGGCGGGCGCGGGUGCGCGGCUGUGGGCGCUGGAGCGCAGCGAACACGACUUCCACUUGUUGAGGAGCAAACUGCACGAGUUCCACGGCGACGCGCUGCUGCACAACCUGCCGCUGCCGUCCAGGAGACAACAGCCCCUAGAAACACUCCGGUACAAAUACGAAGACUUCCUACAAAGGUUAUUACAGAAGAGUCUUCUCCAGACAAGCGAACUUCUCCGAAUCUUCCUCACUGAAGACGGAGACUUCUCCAUGGUGGUUCAGGCUUCCACCUUAAACGCCACCAGCACUGACCUGGUGAAUAUAUACCAGUCGGUGACACAUAAACUGAGGAAAGAGAAGGGACAGCAUCUGGAGAGUUUUCUGAGGAAUUUACUUGUGUCUUCCGACAUCGAUCGGUAUCAAGCUUUGAAACAAGGUACGGCCCGCGACGUGGAAGAAGCGCAGGAGAUGAGCGAGGACAUCCAGGUGGAACAGGUGCAGAGGAGGCAGAACCGCGUGCGCAACAUACACGCCACCAAGUUCCAAAACAACUUCGAUGUACAACCGACGUUCGACAUACGUGAUACGGAGUAUCAGGAGAAUGUCGUUGGGUUCACGCAGUGCUUUAUGUAUUUAUUAAUAAAGGUACUGAACACGCGUUCGUUCGUGUCGGGCGUGGUGGGGUCCGUGCUGAGCCUGGGCCGGGAGCUGUUGGACGACGCGUUCAACCGGUACCUCGACACCAAGCUCAGGGAACUGUUGAAUGAACGGAGGCUCGCGCAUCUCAUCAGGCUGGGACAAGGCCUCUUAUUCGGUAAGAAGUCAUCGCAGCCUCGCAACAACGCGGCUGUCCAGCGAGAGUUAGCUCGCCGGCAGCUAAUGGACUCGUUGCCUGGAGCUGCACUCGGGCUCGGAUCCGGCGCGCUCGCCGUUCACAACGCCUUCGAGAUCAUACAGAAGCCGCACUUAAACAAACAGCUGGUGUACAAUUUACUUGACCUGUGUAUAGUGGAGUUAUUCCCGGAAUUGAGAAGCGCUGAGAGCAGUCCGUCGGGAAAGCCAAAGAGUUGAGAAUACGCGGAAGAUUAUUUAUUGUGUAUAAAGACUAUUUAGAAUUUCUAUAAUUCGGACUAUUUCUCAAUAAAAUAUGUUUCGUUCAAAAUGACAAGCUCACUUAGCACAAGUACACAUAUUGUUUAUUUUUUUAUCGAGUUAUAGAAGUUCUGCUGAUAAUUUAUUUUAUAUUUAUAACGGCUUUGCAUUUUGUUUAAAUUGCAAGUAAACACAUACGUCUUGUAGAUCCAACGAUUUUGCGUAAUUUUAUUAUAUAUAUAUAUAGUUAUAAAUACCGUAUAACAUUAAAUAUAUUUUUGUAUUAUCUCAAAAUAGUAAUAUCAACUGUGAUAUGGCUCGAUUAUUUUCAGAUAAAUAUAAGUUAAAUUUAAUUUUUCGGUGAAUAAAUUAUUGCGGCCAUAAAACAAUUUAAUCGAGCCAUUAUCGACGUUCGAGGUUGUAGUAAUAAGAAUUGUGAAGACCAUUAAAUAUUUUUAAACAUUCAAAUGUUUAUAAUGUAGAGCAAACACGAGAGAAUAAACUAUUUUGAUUAUCGUACAAU